AUGGCCCACCAAGCAUGGGUCCGUCAGUGCCAUCAUGUGCUGGACGUGAAUUCGACGGGGCUUGCGGCCGCCGAGCGACACCUACACGAGAUGUCCGGGCCGCGCCUCGACAGCGAGCGAGCGUUCCGCGCGGCCAAAGACGACCUAUCGUUGUGUCGACACAAGCUCCGGUGCUUUGACGAAGAGCAAGCGCGCAACAGCCAAGUCCAAGUCGCGUUGCGGGAGAGCAUGCUCCACCUCCGUGAGAUCCUGGCCACACAAUCCCACGUCGAGAGCGUCGCGAGGCAGGCCAACUUGAAGCAAACCAAGCGUCUGUGGGACGAAUUGCUGGCUUUCCAGUCCACUUGUUUUGCCAGUGCGUUUGAAGAUGCGAGCCAGCUCGAGGCUCAAAUGGAUCGCAUGGUUGUCGAACGCGCGCUGUUGUCGAGCCACGUCGAUCGGGCAGAAGACUUGGUUACAGCGAAGGAAGCGGCGUGGAAGAGCGCGCUUUGGGCGCACUUGUGUGCUACGAUACGGGUCCAGAAGUGGCAGACUAGCUUGUAUUCGCUCUUGCAUGUCGUCGUCGAGCUCGAGACGAAGCGGCAGCGUGCCCUUGACCUCGACCUUUACGUGCAUGCCGACGCGGUCAAAGGUGAUGCUACCCAGUUUGUCGAUAGCGCGCUCAUUGAAAGCUCCAUGCUCCGGCUCGAGCUACAAAAGCAAUCGCGGCUCACGCAGUACAGCUUCAAUCGUGUGCGGGUGCUGGAGCGACUUGCCCGACAGGAGACGGAGCUGCUCCAGAUCUGCCUAGACGAAGCGGCGAGGAAGACCCGGCUCAACAAUGCGCUCGUGGAUCGAUGUCGGUUCCUCGAUCGCACGCUGGCCCAACUGCGCGCGAUGGCGGCCGGUAGCACCGCGCACACAGCCGACAAAGUGUAUCGAGCGCUGGACCAGGUCAUGCACACUGCGCUCGAUGCGAGCUGGCGGCGCUGUCACAUUCAAACCGCGGCAUUUGCCGAAGAGAAUUGGCUGGUUCAACAUCGCAAGAACGUCGUGCUGGCGCUCGAGUCGAUGCUCGCGACGGCGGUCGAGUCGCACAACGAGAACAAAGCAACUCUUGCCAUUCUGCAACGCGCGCAGGCCGACCAGGUCGCCGCUUGCGCGCUUGCGCCAUCGCCCGACGUGAAACCCCUGGACGCCACGCACUUGAUGCUGAUUUUAAACGCACGAGCCAGCGCGACGUGGUCGCGGCAGGCCAAUUUGAAGCGGACGAUCCUCCACGAAGCCAUGCAUCUCAAGCGCGCCGACAAACUCGAGUGGUUCAAAGUGGAUCCGCAGUGCCCAGAAUACGCAGCGGCGCGGGUGGCGUACUUGGCAGCCGAAGGCGACUUGAUCGCAAACCGAGUCGAAAUCCAGCGGGCGGACCACGACGCGGGCGAGAGCCACCGGCAAUGCCAACAGUACGUGUUGGCCAGCGCGGUAGACAAGGUCGCUACGUUUGCCACGUUGAACCCGGACCCCGCGCUGUUUGACGUGCGCGCGAUGCAGACAUGGGGAAGGUUUCCCAGUCUGUGUGCGGAUGCGCGGGGAGCGCUCGAGCUGCAGUUGCGCCGGGUGGCGCUUUCGUGGGACCUCCGCGCGCCCAACGUCGACUGCCACGAAGCGAUUUGGGGUGGCGAUUUGAAGUCCAAGGAUGUUGUGCACAUUUACGGCCGCCCCCACCGGUUCACGACCGAUGCGUUUGCGGCGCGCGUCCGCGCCGUCGUCGCGGCCAUCUCGACAGCCAAGUACAUCCGGCGGUUCCUCGCACAUAAAGCCGCGAUUCGAUGCAAGAACGACGUGUAUGCGUCCGCGACUCUGCGACUCUGCGACGUCGAGCUGCUCGUGGCAGUGCGCGCGAUGCCCCCAUCGCAGCUCACCCACGCGGCGCUCAUGCACACGGUCAUGCCGUACCUUGAACCGAGUCGAAACAAGCGCGGCACGGACACGAUGGUCCUUGCACGUGCACUCGUGUGCAGCAGUCUCGAUUGGACGCCGCCACGACUUGUGCGAUGGGUGGUCAGCGUCGUUCGGAACCAAGCACUGCUGCGGUCGUUGGUGGGUGUCCUCGACACUCCGUGCAGCGGACGAAUGCACCUGCACACCCAGCUCGUCGCGCCAUACCUCGAGCAGCACCACCUUCCAUGGCCCAUCGACCGGGACACCAUCCGAGUGGAGCAGCGACCCAUCGCUUCUUCGUCGCCCGUCAUCCAGGUAUCGUGGCAAUUACCCGCCACUGCCAACGUCUCGGACGGGGUCGUCGCUUUGCACUGGGGACGCUGGAGCCCCACAUCGAACGUGUGGUUGUGGGAGACCGCCGUGUGUGCGUCAACGGCCCAUCGCUACACGCUCCCGUCCAUGCGCCCGUGCGAUAGCGUGUGUGUUGGCCGCGUCGUCAUCGUUGCCGCGUCGCACCGCCCAAGCCCGAUCUCGGACGUGUUUUUCAUCGAGUAG